AUGACAAGAUUUUUAUCUAAAAUAAAUGGUUUUAGUGUUUUUUAUGGGUCCUGUUUGAGGGGAACACGUUCAAUUUCUAUAAGUUCUCCAGCACUUGAAAAACUAAAAACUCGAGCAGAAGAUGAAGAAUUAUACCAUAUUAAAUUGCCAGAGAAGGCAUUUCAAGCAUAUGAUAUUGAUUGUCCGUCUUUAGAUGUUGUUAUUGGAAAAAAGGAGCUGUUAAAAAUUUAUUAUAAUAUGGUAGUAAUAAGGCGUAUGGAGACAGCGUCUGAUUUGCUAUAUAAAUCGAAGAAAAUACGUGGAUUCUGUCACUUGUCUAUAGGACAAGAGGCUGUUGCGGUAGGCAUUGAACAUGCGAUUACUCCAGAAGAUCAGGUAAUUACAUCAUAUCGAUGUCAUGGAUUUGCAUAUAUCCGUGGUGUUCCUGUUAGGUCCAUUAUUGCGGAGCUUUUGGGUCGUGUAGGUGGAGCUUCUCGAGGGAAAGGAGGCUCGAUGCACAUAUUUGGAAAAAACUUUUAUGGAGGCAAUGGAAUUGUUGGUGCACAAGUUCCUGUAGGUGCAGGAAUAGCAUUUGCUAUGAAAUAUCUGAAUAAGCCUAAUACUACAUUUGCUCUUUAUGGAGACGGUGCUGCAAAUCAAGGUCAAGUAUUUGAAGCUUUUAAUAUGGCCAAAUUAUGGAAUAUUCCAGUUGUUUUUGGAUGUGAAAAUAACAAGUAUGGGAUGGGAACAUCUGCAGAACGCAGCAGUGCAAUGGUUGAAUAUUAUAAACGUGGUCAAUAUAUACCUGGUAUCCAGGUAGAUGGAAUGAAUGUUCUUGCUGUUAAACAAGCAUCUGCUUUUGUAAAAGAAUAUACGCUUAAGAAUGGACCAAUUGUAAUGGAAAUUCUUACAUAUCGCUAUGGUGGGCAUUCUAUGUCUGAUCCAGGAACUACAUAUCGUACACGUGAAGAGAUUCAACAUGUACGUAGCACGAAUGACUGCAUUUCAGGCUUGAAAGAUGUUAUUCUUGAUCUUAAUGCUGCUACUGAGUCUGAAUUGAAGGAUAUUGAAAAAAAUGCCCGAACUUUUGUAGAUAAAGAAGUUAAGCAUGCUGAAGAAAGCGAAUUCCCUUCUUCUGAUCCUGCAAUACUUUUCAGUGACAUUUAUCUGCCUGGAACCAAUCCAGAAACAUUUCGUGGCCGCUGGUCUGGUGAAGUUUAUUUUUCUAAAGACAUUUUAAAAAAUGUAUAACUUU